CUUGACAGGUGACAGGGCAGUGAAUUGAUUUUUUCGAAAAUGUCGUUAACAGACAAACUUUCUAUGCUUAUGGCCCGGCCGGGCGGCGACAAUGCCCAGAAAGAUGACGUGCCUUGGUGGAUGCGCUACGCUGGUCGGGGAGUUGGAACAGUUGGCGGCUUCAUUGCCAUAAUGCUCGGCCUGAUUAACUGCAUCAGUAUCCUGCUUUUGAAUCCAUCUUGUCUGAUAGCCGGUAUCUGGCAGAUGUUAGCCGGGUUCAUAGUAAUUGUGUGCGAGGCUCCGUGCUGCUGCUUCUUCAUAGACUAUGUCCAGACCCUCAGCGAUAAGAUGGAGACGAGGCCUUAUUGGAACAAGGCUGCUUGUUAUGUUGGGCUUUCAAUCCCACCAUUCUUCAUGUGCUUCAUAAGCCUGAGCACGUGGUUCGGUAGCGGUCUGAUCUUCGCCACCGGCAUUAUCUACGGAAUGAUGGCGCUGGGCAAAAAAGGAUCAAUAGAAGACAUGAGGACGUCGGCGGUGAACUUGGAGGCGGGUCGGCAGCCGACGAGCGCUCCGCGUGCCAACCUCGUGACGAACGAACAGCCCGUCAGCUUCACCGGCGUCCCCGUGCGCAACUGACCUUAUAGUCCUCGUACCCCGUGAGUCUCCUACUUCCUUAUGCGCUCCUGGUACUCCCGAACACACCAUGAAUUCUUUCAUAACAUACAACACAACUUAUUUACUGUCUGUUCUACCGAUUUUAACUUCUAUGCCAUACGCUUAAGGAUGGUACUAAAAGCAAAAAGUUUUUCAUUUCACCUACGUAAUACAAUUCAAAAUCGGUUGAACGAACAGUAUGUCUAUACUGUAUUUCACUUAUUUUCCUAAAAGACAGUUGCGUUAUGUCGACUGCUACAAAAUCUACCGAGAUCUUGACUUUCCUACUAAUUGGUAAUUUAUUAACGUAAAAAUAAGGUGCAUUAUCCAUUAGCGAUUGCAUUUGAAAGUUGGAGGAGUUCAUGGUGGGUUGUUAAGAUGUGAAUUUUUCACUUGAUCAAUAUUUUUAUCGUUGUUGUGACUGAGUGCUUCUUUUAUACCUAUUUAUAUUUUCUAGCUGAAAUAUACUGAUCAUGUUUUCAUAUAUAGUUAUUGUUCGUUCGUUCUUAGUACAGUGGAGCGCAUAUUAAACCCCAGAAAGACUAUCCAUGUCUCUCCACGGUGCAAGUUGAUACAAACUUCUCCACUCGGGAUUUAUAGCAAUAUUUACAGUAAAAACUCCUUAGUUUAGUGUUGCCAAUAAAAAAUAGUGUCCUCCAUACAAAAUAAUAGUAUUGCCAACUACAUGAUUUGAGUCUGCUUGUAGAUAGUUAAUAUUUUUGUCUAUGAUAACAUUCAAUAUGUAUGAUAUCCAGUUAUUUGUUAUAUUAUAGAGGUUUAUGGAAUAAGCACGUAUUAUAGACAUAUUGUACCAUAUCGCUUGGCCCUUAAGAGGAGUUUAAAACUAAAAUAGAUAUUAUAUCGGUUGCAAUAGAGGCUGUUUUCCAAUAAGUGGUCUUUGUAAUAACAUGUUCAUAAUAAAGGACCAAUGCAUUUGAAAUCUAUUAAAUAUGAACCUCAAAAUGAUGAAAGUUUUUUUAGGAGAAUUAUUUAUUUAUAUGAUCUUAAUAAUGGCUGAUCAAGAUAUUAUGGAGUGGCUUCGAAACUAAAGUAUUAUGGGAAAAUAUACAUAAUUGUUAGAGAGAUAUGUCUCAUAAUUGUAAUGGAAUUCAUGUUAAUCGCUACGUCAAUUUUGAAGUCA